UGUUUUGACGUUUCAAUUUUGAGGUUAAUUAAUCUCGGCCACGUAUUUAAAAAGGUUUUAAUUAUUAAUAAAUAAAAACUCACCCUUAUAAAUAAAAAAUGGAUGGGCAUUUAUUAGAACCGACUUUGUAUACUGUAAAAGGUAUUGCAAUCCUCGAUAAUGAUGGGAACCGGAUUUUAGCGAAAUACUACGAUAAAAACGUUUUUCCAACAGCAAAAGAGCAACGGGCGUUCGAGAAGAACCUCUUUAACAAAACCCAUAGGGCUAAUGCUGAAAUAAUAAUGUUGGAUGGGUUAACAUGUGUGUAUCGAAGCAAUGUCGAUUUAUUCUUUUAUGUUAUGGGUAGUUCCCAUGAAAAUGAGUUAAUACUUAUGAGUGUUUUAAAUUGUUUAUAUGAUUCUGUGAGUCAAAUUUUACGAAAAAAUGUUGAGAAACGUGCUGUGUUGGAAUCAUUAGAUAUUGUUAUGCUUGCUAUGGAUGAAAUUUGCGAUGGAGGAAUAAUAAUCGACGCAGAUGCGAGCUCAGUUGUAUCAAGAGUUGCUUUGCGUACAGAUGACAUUCCAUUAGGAGAGCAAACGGUGGCUCAGGUGCUACAAUCUGCUAAAGAACAAUUGAAGUGGUCGCUUUUAAAGUAAGGUUAAAUAAUUUUUUUUUUUCUAUGAGUUUGUAUUUGUUUAUAUUUUAAUGAGGUUCAAAAUGAACAUUGAAUACAGCGCUUAUAAGUUAAUAUUAAAUAAAUAUAAGUUAAAAAAUACAAAAAUAAAUUUAUAGAAUAAUG